UAAUUGCUUGAUUGCAUCUUUUGAAUUUUUUAAACUAAAAAUUGUUAAAUUUCUACAUCUUUUUUACGUUGUUUGUUGUCGCAUUUAUCAUCAUGUUUCAAAAGUUUAUGAACAAAAAGGAUUUCCAUCCUGGAUCAAAGUGGAAUAUAAAAAGGGUAUGGAUGGCAGAGCAGAAAAAGGCUGCUGAAGCACAUAAAGAGGCUGAACUUGCUGAGCAAUAUAAGAAAGAGCAAGAAAAGUUUGAAAACAGGCAACUUGUAAGCAAAGAUGAAAAGCUAAAACUUGGACUUAGCUUUGUUUAUGAUGCACCACCUGGAUUUAAAGAUAAAAACAAGGAUGGUGAAGACAACUCAAAAAAGGAAGAAGAAGUAAAGUUUGAAUGGUUAAAAGGAGCACCAAAAGAAGGAUAUACCAAAGAUCUUAAUCUUGAAACUCAUGCUCAGCCAUUUGGAAUUCCAGUGCGAAAUGUUCGUUGUAUAAAAUGUCAUAAGUGGGGUCACAUCAAUACCGAUAGAGAGUGUCCUCUCUACAACAAAUCUAUCAGCACAGAGCCAUCUAGUUUGACAGAUAGUGGUAUCAGUGAUCCAGUCAAGUUAAUGCAGGAUAUGAGAAAUGAUGGAUUUGCGUUAAAGCAAAAUGCACUUGGUCGUGUUUUAAAUAGAGACGAUCCCAACCAGCAAAUUUUAGCAUCAGAUGAUGAUGAUGAAGAUGAUGAUGCUGAGUUGGCUUUUCUGUCUACGUUGAAUGAAAAGCAAAAACGUAAAUUAUUGAGGAAACUCGAUAAGCUCGAAAACAAAGAACACGAAAAGAAAAAACACAAGAAAAAGAAAAAACGAAAACGUUCUGUAUCUGAAGAUGAAAAUGACACAGACGCGAAACUAAAAAGAAAGAAAAGGAAAAGACUUUCUUCCGACGAAAGAAUUAAUAUGGAAGACAAACAUUCAUUGCCAAGGAAGUAUUCCCAGAAAGAUAGAAGAAAUUAUAAGGAAAUUGAUGAAAGGAACAGUGAUUAUCAUUCAGUAAAAAAAAGUGAUGAAUGUAGGACUUCCAAGAAAAGAUAAUUUUACAGAAUGUUUGAUAGUGUAAAUUUUUGUACAUUAUAUUUUUGAAUGUCUUCAUUCAUUGAUCAAA